AUGGAGAGAAUAGAUCACCUCCGCAGGGAGAUAGCCCUGCGGGAGUCAGAGCUGGCAGAUUUAAGAUCACAACUCGCCGUUGCGGAAUCGGAACAUCGUGCUCAUCAAGAUGAUGGAUCGUCGGGUUGGAAAUGGCCGUUGGCACAGCAUGAGUACGACCGCUAUAGUCGGCAGAUGAUCGUGCCGAAACUUGGUCUUGAGAGCCAGCUCAAAUUGAAGAACUCGAGAGUUCUAGUGAUUGGCGCAGGUGGCUUGGGCUGUCCGGCCUCAGCCUACCUAGCCGGGGCUGGCGUUGGGGCUCUAGGCUUGGUAGACGGAGAUACUGUCGAGGUCUCCAAUCUCCACCGACAGAUUGCACAUUCUACGAGUCGCGUGGGCAUGAGCAAGGUGGAAAGUGCCAUUACCUAUCUGCAAGAGCUGAACCCUACCAUCAAAUACCACGCCCACCAGACACAUCUCACUACUGAAAAUGCUCAAGGCAUCGUCUCGCAGUACGACUUCGUUCUUGACUGCACCGAUCAUCCCACCUCUCGUUAUCUCAUCUCCGACAUCUGCACCCUCCUAUCCAAGCCACUCAUCUCAGCCUCCGCUUUCCAGUCUUCCGGUCAGCUGAUCGUUUUGAACAACCCGCCUGGUCAAGGACCGUGCUACCGAUGCGUCUUUCCCAAGCCUCCCCCACCAGAGAGCGUAGUCGCCUGUGGUGAGGGGGGAAUCAUAGGACCAGUCGUUGGCGUGAUGGGUGUGCUGCAAGCCCUCGAGGCGAUCAAAGUGAUUACGCAAGAGGUGGAACAGAAAGGCGACGAGAAAAAGAAGACGAAUACAUUGCUGCUGUUCAGUGCGCUAAGUGACACUCCCUUCCGAUCGGUGAGGAUGAGAGGACGUCGAAGUGAUUGCGUCGCAUGCGGUGAUGCUUCGGAGCUCACUCUAGAAAAAUUGAAGUCGUCGAUGGACUAUGUCCAAUUUUGCGGCGUGAAGGAGCCCGUCAAGCUCUUGAAGCCAGAUGAGAGAAUCACAGCAGAAGAAUAUGCGCGCAUCGCCAAGGAGCAAAAGGAUCAUGUUCUCAUCGAUGUCAGAGAAAAAGAGCAAUUUGGCCUUUGCAGCAUCCCCGGCUCCAUCAACAUUCCCAUCACGCGCUUCAUGAGCCACCGUCCAGAGAAGGGUCAAGUCCCAGAGUGGUUCCCGGAGGCCAUCUCUCCCUCUUCGCCGGUGUACCUGGUGUGCCGUGUAGGGAAUGACUCGCAGACAGCCGCACAGAAACUGAAAGAUAUGGGACUUGGCCAGGACGGAGAGCGGUUCAUCGGCGACAUCAGUGGUGGACUAUCGGCGUGGAGAAACGCAAUCGACCCAUCAAUACCGUUCAUAUGA